UAAGUAAAAAGUAUCUUAUCCUCUCCAAAUCUGUAGUGAAAGUGUCGAAGCAGUGAACACUCUCUCUUCGAUUUCUGCAAUUUCAAUGGCUUCCUUUACAACAUCUUCUUCUUCUUCGCUCCUCCCCAAAACUCUUCUCCCUGUAAGCCACCUGAAUCGUUUCACUACACCCUCCGGCAUCCGCGUUGGCGACACAUGGACUCCUCUGCUCCGGAGCAUCUCCGCCGUUGGGUCUCGGCGUCGUGUGGCGAUUGUCAAAGCUGCGACGGUUGAUUCGGACUACUCUUCGAAACGGGGCAGUAGUAAUGAGCAGAGAGAGACGAUUAUGCUUCCUGGUUGCGAUUACAAUCAUUGGCUUAUUGUAAUGGAGUUCCCCAAGGAUCCAGCUCCAACUAGAGACCAGAUGAUUGAUACUUACCUUAACACUCUUGCUACUGUUCUUGGAAGCAUGGAAGAGGCAAAGAAGAACAUGUAUGCAUUCAGCACCACCACGUAUACUGGCUUCCAAUGCACCAUUGACGAAGAAACAUCUGAGAAGUUCAAGGGUUUGCCUGGCGUUCUUUGGGUUUUGCCUGACUCCUACAUAGAUGUCAAGAACAAAGACUACGGAGGUGACAAGUACAUCAAUGGAGAGAUUAUUCCGUGCACAUACCCAACAUACCAACCAAAGCAGCGCAAUAACACAAAGUAUCAAAGUAAGAGGUACGAAAGAAAAAGAGAUGGUCCACCACCUCCUGAACAGAGGAAACCAAGGCAAGAACCAGCCGCCUCUGAUUCCUCUUAAACGCUGAUAAGAUAGCUGUUUUGUAAUGGAGUGUUUGCGAGUUUUGAUCGUUUGGUUAGUCCUUAGCUUAUUGAAGUCAGGUGUAAAAUCGUCUAGUAUCAAAAGAUGAUACUAUAUCACCAUCAUACCUUCUUGAACAAUAUUUAUUGUUUUGUAGGAUGAAGUCUAAAGAACACUAUUUUCGCCUAGUAGAGGGCUUCGGCUAAAGUUACUCAA